UAUUUAGUGCGCGUCUAGCGUCGGUCGCGAGUAGUCGUUCAUACAAAUUAGUGUUGUGUCUGGUUUUUUCAAUGCAGUAAUAAUGUUGAAAUUCAAGACGAUGCUGAAAGUGGGGGGCGGUGCGGUAUUGAUCGCAGCGAUCGUUGCCGUGUUCAUCGUGGCCACGCAGGGCCGGGACCCGGACCUUGAGGCGCGGGAGCACGAGGCGCGGGAGUACAUGCUGCAUCUGGACAAAGCGACCGGCCUGAGGAAGAACAGGGCUAGCUUAGCCGAAUGGGAGUACACCUCGAAUAUCACGAAGGAGAACGAAGAGAAAUCGAUACAAACUCACCUAGAGCUCUCACGUCAAGAGAAAGCAGCCUGGGAGGAGACCAAGAUGUACGGGUGGCAGGACUUCCAGGAUUUCACGUUGCGUAGAAUGUUCAAGAAAUACAGUCAGCUGGGCGUUGCGGCUCUGCCUGACGACAAAUUCCAAGCUUUGAUGAGAACUGUAUCGGGAAUGGAAUCGAACUACGCCACUGCGAAGAUCUGCUCGUACAAGAAUGAGAGUAAAUGUGAUCUAUCUUUGGAACCUGAGAUAACUGAAAUAUUCUCCACGAGCCAAGACCCUGAGGAGUUGAAGCAUGCCUGGGUGGAGUGGCACAACGCGGCCGGCGCGACAGCGAAGAAGAACUUCACCGACUACGUGAACCUUUACAACGAGGCCGCCAAGCUUAAUGGUUUCGAUAACGUAGCCGAAUGGUGGCAAUCAGAAUACGAGGUACCGGACUUCGAGGAGCAGCUGGCGAAGCUGUGGGAGGACGUGAAGCCUCUGUACCAGCAGCUGCACGCCUACGUCAGGAAGAGGCUGCGGGACAAGUACGGAGACAAGGUCGUGUCCGCCAGAGGACCGAUACCGGCGCAUUUACUGGGCAACAUGUGGGCCCAGACGUGGAACAACAUCGAAUCCUUCACUCGUCCUUAUCCGGACAAGAAGGAGAUCGACGUCACACAAGCGAUGAGAGACCAGAACUACACUCCGAUGAAGAUGUUUCAAAUGUCAGACGAAUUCUUUAGGUCGUUGAACUUGACCGCUAUGCCCGAGAAGUUCUGGAAGAACUCUAUAAUAGAGAAGCCGACGGAUAGAGAAAUCGUUUGUCACGCCUCCGCCUGGGACUUCUUUGAUGGUGAAGAUUUUAGGAUCAAAAUGUGCACGACAGUGAACGUGGAACACCUGAGGACGGUGCACCACGAGAUGGGACACAUUCAGUAUUUCUUGCAGUACAGACACCAGCCUUCGGUCUUCCGCGAGGGAGCGAAUUCAGGUUUCCACGAAGCGGUCGGGGACACGAUAGCUCUCUCGGUGUCGUCACCGAAACAUCUGCGUCGGGUCGGACUGGCCACGGGCGAUGCCGAGGACGAACAGACAGAGAUCAAUCAGCUUUAUAAGAUGGGAAUAGACAAGAUCGCAUUCCUACCGUUCGCAUACACCCUGGACCUGUUCCGAUACGGUGUGUUCAGAAGGAAGACGCUGCCGGAAGACUACAACUGCCACUACUGGAAGCUAAGGGAGCAGCUACAAGGCGUGGAGCCGCCCGUUAAUAGAACUGAGGACGACUUCGACGCCGCAGCCAAGUACCACGUGUCUGCCAACGUCGAAUACGCCAGAUAUUACGUGUCGUUCAUAAUCCAGUUCCAGUUCCACCGCGCGCUGUGCCAGCUGGCGGGCGAGCAUGCGGCCGGGGACCCCAACAAGAAGCUGGUCGACUGCGACAUCUACCAGAGCGUCGCCGCCGGCAACGCGCUCGCAAACAUGCUGAAGAUGGGUUCGUCCAAGCCCUGGCCGGACGCGAUGGAGGCGCUGACCGGACAGCGGGAGAUGAAGGCGGACGGCCUCCUGGAGUACUUCAGGCCGCUCCACGACUGGCUGCGGGCGGAGAACCAGCGGACCGGCGAGCACAUCGGCUGGGAACCGACCAACAUGGAGUACUGCACGCCGAGCCAAUAAUAAUUGUCGGAGCUAAACGUGAAGGAGCCGUCGUCGAGUCCAGCGACGCAACAAUCUGACUCUUGACAAAAAUAAUGUACUUAUUUAGUUUAACUUAUACAAGCCGAGUGAGACAAUAUUUUUAAAAUGCAAUAAAAACAAUUUUUUUUUUCA